AUGGGAAAAUUCACUGUCUUAAAUAUGAUAUUCCUUGUGAUGUUUAUUGGGUGGUUAAUGGUUUGGAUUUUGUUACCUACAAAAUCUUCCGAACUCAAGUGGACACCCAAACUGCAAAGCCAACUUAGCUCAAAAUACUUCAGAGAACAAGGGACAAAUAUUCUGCUUUUCACAUUCCCUAUAAUGUUCAUAGCAGCUUUGAGCUGUGUUUAUCUCCAUCUCCACAAGAAAUCACCAAACUCCAACAUUGGUCAAAUGAGCGGACUUGGUCGACGUUUGGCCUCAUGGAGAAGUCCAGUGUGUGUUAAAGCACCUCUGGGGAUUGUUAGCUCAGUGGAGCUAUCUUUUGCAGUCAUGUUUGUUGUUCUCCUAAUAUGGUCUCUGACCAAUUAUUUAUAUUUCAGCUUUAAUGGCCACCUCCACAUGCAUGCAGGAGAAAAAAUAUGGCACGCAAAACUCCGGAGUGUACCAUUGAGACUUGCUUAUAUUGGAAACGUGUGUUGGGCUUUUCUUUUCUUUCCGGUGACAAGAGGCUCUUCACUUCUGCCUCUGGUUGGACUCACAUCAGAGUCUAGUAUUAAAUAUCACAUCUGGCUUGGCCAUCUCUCCAUGGUUCUCUUUUCUGCCCAUACCGUAGGAGUCCUCAUUUCCUGGAUCACGGCCAAUCAAAUGUUUAAGGCACUAGAAUGGAGCCAAACCUAUGUAUCAAAUGUAGCAGGAGAGAUCGCAAUGGUAGUGGCAUUAGUGAUGUGGGUGGCGAGCAUUAGCAGAGUAAGACGAAAGAUGUUUGAGGUGUUUUUCUACACACACCAACUCUACACAGUGUAUAUCAUUUUCUAUCUACUACACGUUGGCGUGGCUUACUUCUGCAUGAUACUGCCUGGUAUCUUCCUCUUCCUCAUCGAUCGAUACUUGAGAUUCUUACAGUCCCGGGACAGAGUAAGAUUACUCGCCUCUCGUCUUUUGCCUGGUGGUACCUUCGAAAUGACUUUCGCCAAAACCUCAGGAUUGCAGUAUAAUCCGACGAGUAUUUUGUUCAUAAACGUGCCAUCCAUUUCCAAGUUGCAAUGGCACCCUUUUACAAUAUCUUCCAACAGUAAUAUGGAGACAGAUAAGCUUAGUAUUAUGAUCCGAACUGAAGGAAGUUGGUCUCAGAAGCUUUACAAACAACUUUCUUCUUCUGUGAAGCACUUGGAUGUUUCCGUUGAAGGACCAUAUGGGCCAUCCUCGUUUUCCUUCCUGAGGCAUGAGGCUCUGAUCAUGGUGAGUGGUGGAAGUGGGAUCACUCCUUUCAUAUCUAUAAUCCGAGAGAUUAUGUUCCAAAGCACAAUACCCAACUCUCAUGUUCCACGAGUUGUUCUAGUUUGUGCCUUCAAGACCUCAGCAGAUCUUGCCAUGUUAGACCUCUUGCUUCCCAUCUCAGGCUCACACGCCGAACAGAUUUCCCAAAUAGAACUCCAAAUAGAAGCCUAUGUCACCCAAGAGAACGAGCAGCCCACCUUAGAAGCCCAAAAGACCAUACAGACUGCAUUCUUUAAGCCCAAUCCAGUGGACUUGCCCAUCUCUGCAACUCUAGGCCCAAACAGCUGGCUGUGGCUGGGUGCAAUAAUCUCCUCCUCUUUUGUUCUUUUCCUCCUCGUGUUGGGUCUCGUGACUCGUUACUAUAUUUACCCAGUGGAUAAUUCAGGAGGGUUUUACCACUACUCGUACAGAUGUCUUUGGGACAUGUUUUCGGUGUGUGCCUGCAUUUGCUUAGCCUCCAGUGUGGCUUUUGUUUUGUCUAAGAGUUGUAACGGCGGGUUAAUGGGCACCAAGCAGAUUCAGAAUGUGGAAAUGGCAACACCAACUUCGUCUCCUGCAGCAUGGUGUUACGCUGGUGGGGAUUAUAGAGAGGUGGAAAGCCUUCCCAUUCAGUCAUUGGCACAAGCUAUGAAGGUCCAUUUUGGUGCCAGGCCUGAUCUCAAGAAAAUUUUGUUCGAGUCCAAAGCAUCUGAUGUUGGAGUUCUUGUUUGUGGGCCAAGAAAGAUGAGACAUGAGGUUGCCAAAAUUUGUGCCUCUGGUUUGGCUGAUAAUCUACACUUUGAGUCCAUUAGUUUCAACUGGUGAAGAAAAGAAAUGAAUUUGAUUGUGAAAUGUUUAAGAUUUGGUGUUAUUCGUUGUUCGAUUAUUUGCGGUUGCUGCUUAUGAUAUCAUUAUCAUAUAUAUUAGUUUUUCAUUAGAACAGGAGAUUGAACUCUCUUUCUCUGUAAUAGUGUCUCUUCUGAAUUACUGGACCACGGUCCAUAUAUAUAAAAGAUAAACUUAUUUUACUUUAUUGAAAGGAGUCUUUUCACCAUCGGAAAACCGUUGCCAAAGUCUUUUG